AUCGGUGAUCUGCAGUUGAUUUCCGGGUUGAAGCAGUUGUGAGUUAGUCAAAUACUUCGUACAUUAUCAAGGCGAUGAACCCACUAAAUUUUCUCACAACCAUAUGUGGUGACAGAUUGUAGAAGUACCAGUAGUAUUUAAUCAAAAUAUCUAAAAAGGCUUGAGAAUGCCGCCCCCACCACCACCACCACCGGGGCCCCCACCACCUCCUACAUUCAGUCAAGCCAAUACAGUAGCACCUAAGCUGAAGAAAAACGAGCAGGGCGAGCGAAAUGCGCUAUUGUCGGCAAUUCAAAAAGGAAAGAAACUGAAUCAUGCUGAGACAAACGAUAGAAGUGGACCGAUAAUUACCAAACCCAAGAGCUCAACAGUGGGUGGUGCCCGGAGUAGUAACAGUGGUUUCAGCGGAGGAGGUGGGAGCAGCACUGUUUCAGGUGGAAUGGGAGGAGGAGGGGGGCUAUUUGCAGGAGGAAUGCCACAACUUCGAAAAACAGGGAACCUUGCCUAUGGCACAAACACAGCGCAUCCACCACCACCACAUAAAGCACCCCCACCUUACAAUGUAGCUGUAAAUAGGAAAAAAAGUUUAAAAAGAGAUCCACCACGGCCCCCAGGUAACCCUGGGUUAUAUAAUAGGUAUAAUAAUAAUGUGAGUAGUGGUCCACCGCCUCCACCACCUCAAAAUAAACCAGGAUAUUCAUCCAAUUACAAUAACCAUAGUACCACAAAAGUUGCUAAUAGUUGGGAUUCUAAAAACAAAAAUGUGCCAUCGCCGCCACCACAAAGUAACAAACCUGUUAAUAGACUCAGUCAACAUGGGAAUCAGCCUCCGCCACCACCCUCUCAGAACACUAAGCCAAGUUAUAUGAACAGUGGUGCUGGCAGUGGUCCACCACCACCACCACCUUUGCAACAAACAAAGCCAUCAUCAGCAUCAUCAAACAGGCCUCUUCCUACUACGCCAGGUUACAGGCCCCCUUCAGCGGGUCCACCGCCACCACCAUCUACAGGGAGGUCAGUAGCAUCAUUAAGAGGAUCACAACCCCCUCCCCUUCCUGGUGGUGGACCACCAAAACGGACAUCUUCUAUCAAGACAGACAGGCCGCCUCCUCCACCUUCUCCACAUGGUGGCAUGUCCAGGUCCACGAACGUGCCACCACCACCUCCCCCAUCAAGACCCACUGCUGCUCCACCCCAACGACCAGCAGCACCUGUACCAAGGCCACUUCCCCCCACCCCUGUAAGGGGCCCAACUGGAAACGCUGGACCUCCUCCUCCCCCUCCUACUAGGGAUCGACCACCACCACCACCACCAAGUCGCGCACCAAGUUUACCGCCUCCGCCACCUCCACCAAGUCGAGAUGCCAAGAGAAACUCCCUUGUUGGCAAAACCACACCAAGUUUUCCAGUUGGUGUACCAGGGGAUGAUUUCUCUACUAGGUUUAAAUUUAGAAAUGAAUCUGAAUUUCCGCAACCAGAAAGGUUUACACAAUCCACAAAGACUUACCCAAGCAAAGCAGUCAGACAGUCGACUAGAGGGCCGCCACCAGCACCGCCUGGAUCCUGAUGGAAUUAACAUUAUCUACUACCGGUAUUAUUCAUUGACUGGUUAUCUCAUGCAGAAAACUUCUCUGAAACCAUUGCGUAUAAAUAUGGAUAUCCACCUGAAUAGCAUUAAGACAUUUCUCUCUGUAUAACAUAUCCAAGACUGCAGCAACUGCAAGUAAUUUACAGAAUUAAACCAUGAAAACUACUAUCAGAGACAAGCAAAUGAUUUAAAAUAGAUA